GUUCCUUCAAGCCUAUCUAAGAAGCAUAAAUCCUGUUUCCUCUGAUAAAAGAUUGAAGACUCUAAUGGCACAAGAUGAAAUAUCACGAAAAGGGCCAUGGACAGAGCAAGAGGACUACAAAUUAGCAUAUUUUGUUGGGUUAUUUGGUGAUCGUAGAUGGGACUUUAUAGCAAAGGUUUCAGGUUUGGAAGGUGGCGGGAGAGAGUAAUAAAUAGGUUUGAAUCGUUCAGGUAAAAGUUGCAGGUUACGUUGGGUUAAUUAUCUUCACCCUGAUCUCAAACGUGGCAAGAUGACUCCACAAGAACAACACCUUGUCUUGGACCUUCACUCUAAAUGGGGAAAUAGAUGGUCAAGAAUUGCUAGAAAGCUACCGGGACGAACAGACAAUGAGAUAAAGAAUUAUUGGAGGACACACAUGAGGAAGAAAAGGGCACAAGAGAAAAAGAAUGAAACACCUUCAAUUUCAUCAUCACCUGAAUCUUCUAGUUGUCAAUCUUCACAUUCAUCAAAUAAUAAUAACCAUGGUGUGGAUUCACAUGAUGGUUCUAAAGAUGGUGGAGAAGAAAGCUUUUAUGAAAACCAAGUACAAGAAGAUAUUGAACAGGGUUACUCUAUGGAUGAUAUAUGGAAAGAUAUUGCUAUGUCAGAAAAUGACAUUAAUAAUCUUGAUAAACCUGUUUAUGAUGGACAUAGUAGUGAACCUUUAAUGCCUUCUACAUCAUGGGAGGAUUAUUCUUCAGACCCAUUAUGGGUUAUGGAUGAUGAAGAAAACAACUUUUUAUUCCCUAUAGGUGACCAAUAUUUUUCCUUCUACGAUCAACAAGGGAGUACAUUUCUAAUCGGUUAAUUAAUCAAGAUUAUUCUUUUUUCAACAUUUUGUUCAUAUAUGUGUGUUAUGUUACUAUGUCAUAAGAAAGCCUAAUUAACCCAUAUAUUAUAAUAUAUGUAUUUCAAGUCUUAAGCAUCGUUGUGUAAUCAAUCUCAAAAGUUAAAUGACAGAUGUUUGAAUCUUUUAAUCAUUUAAA